AUGGAGAAGGCCAAAGGAGAGGAGACUUACAGGGGACAGAAUUGGUACAAAGAACCCUCUUCAGAUAAUGUCGCCGACGACCCCGACGAGACCCCGGUCCUGCGCGACCACGAUGCCGAACAAAUUCUCCCCUAUGAGGCCGAUGAUUCGCCGUAUCCCGAGGUGCGCGCCGUCAUCGACCCCAUCGACGAUCAUAAAUUGCCUAUCAACACCGUUCGAAUGUGGACUAUUGGGCUGAUAUUUACUAUCGUCGGUAGUGGACUGAACCAGUUUUUCAGUUUAAGAAACCCUAGUGUUACGAUUAGUGCGUUGGUCGCGCAGUUGUUAGCGUUCCCUGUUGGUUGUGCUUGGGCCAAAUGGAUGCCAAUCGGUAUACUCAAUCCGGAUCGUCACUUCAACAUCAAAGAACAUGGCCUGGUCACUAUCAUGGCGAAUGUCUCUUUCGGGUCGGCGGCUGCUACCCAGGUCAUCGAAGCCGUCGUGAAAUUUUACGGCAUGAAGUCUGAUGGAGGGUUUGAAGUCCUGCUGUGUAUCACGACCCAACUUUUUGGAUUUGGACUGGCCGGCAUGGCCUCGCGAUGGUUGGUGACGCCGGCGUCGAUGCUGUGGCCGUCCACGCUAUCCAACGCAGCUCUUUUAAAGACACUUCAUUCUCGGGAGAACCCCGUGGCCGAUGGCUGGAAGAUCACUCGAUUACGAUUCUUCCUUUUCGUCUUCUUUGGUGGAGCCAUAUGGUACUUCGCACCCGGCUACCUAUUUACCGGACUCAGUACCUUCAGCUUCAUCUGCUGGAUUGUGCCAAGGAAUGUUGUGGUCAACCAGUUGUUUGGACAGGUCACUGGACUCGGAAUGUCCGUGUUGACCUUUGACUGGGCCCAGGUGGUCUUUGCUAACCAGAGUCCACUGCUAGUCCCUUUCUGGGCCGGCCUCAACGUAAUGGGCUCCUUUGCCCUCUUCUUCUGGGUCGUCGUGCCCAUCGUCUAUUAUACGAAUACCUGGUAUUCGGCUUACCUGCCUAUGCUUAACUCUAAUACCUUUGACAAUACCGGCAAGUCUUAUAAUACUAGCCGGAUCUUGAGGCCCGAUGGAACUGUGAACUGGAAAUCUUACGAAAACUAUUCCCCGAUGUUCCUUCCCACUGGAUAUGCCAUCACAUUUGGUGUAGCAUUUGCCAAUCUGACCGGCAUCUUCGUCCAUAUUGCACUUUAUCAUGGCCAGGAUUUGUGGCACCAAAUGAAGGGUACAGGAAAAGAAGACGUCCACGCGAGGCUCAUGGCCAAGUACCGCAAGGUUCCUUGGUGGUGGUUCGCUACGGUUACCAUCAUCAUGUUUGUCCUGAGUAUCGUCACCAAUGAGGUGUGGCAUACCGGUCUUCCAGUUUGGGCUGUGGUGGUGGCGUUUAUGUUGCCCAUUGUUUACUUUAUCCCGGUGGGGAUUAUCAAGGCAGUAACAAAUAUCAGCAGCAACCAACUUAAUCUUAUCACCGAGUUCAUUGGAGGGUAUGCAUUCCUGGGAACCCCUAUCGCGAAUAUGGUGUUCAAGUUCUACGGCUACGUUGCCCUGCAGCAGGGGCUUGAGUUUGUUGCUGAUAUGAAGCUGGCCCAUUAUCUCCACGUCCCCCCUCGCACCCUUUUCGCCGCCCAAGGUCUGGCUACCUUGGUUGGUGCCAUUGUUCAGUGCGGGGUGACGGUUUUCAUGAUUACUCGGUUUAAUGGAGUCUGUACUUCUGAUGCGGCCGGUAAUUUCACAUGUCCCCACGGACAGGUGACCUAUUCCUCUUCCCUGAUCUGGGGUGCUAUCGGCCCUGGUCGCCUUUUCUCCCCCGGCCAGAUCUACGGUCAUAUCCUUUGGUUUUUCCUCGUCGGACCGGUAGCUGUUGUGAUUACAUGGCUGCUCGGUCGCCGUUGGAAGGCCUGGAACUACAUCUCCUGGCCGGUUGCAUUUGGUGCGAUGAGUCUUGUGCCCCCGGCCACCGGAGUCAGCUUCUCAUCUUGGUGGGUAAUUAAUGUGAUAUUUAACUUCUUCUUGCGCCGUCGCAAGCCCGCGUGGUGGUCCAAGUACAACUAUGUUCUCUCCGCCGCGCUUGAUUGCGGUGUGGCUGUCGCCACCGUCAUCAUCUUCUUUUGCAUUACUCUGCCAGCUGGUUCUUUGAGCUGGUGGGGAAACAAUGUAUACAAGACUACAGCCGAUGGCAUGGGCACGCCCUAUAAGAGCCUUCCCGACCGCGGCUACUUUGGGCCUGCGAAGGGAACUUGGCACUGA